AACCUCUGAAAGUCAACGGCCUGAACCCAAGCUGAUAGAACUUCAAAGUCACCUAGAUAAACCCAAAACCCAAAAUAACCUGAACCUGAAUGUCCAACCUGGAACUGACCCAACCCAGAGUUGCACCUCCUAAAUCGUAAUCGAGCUUCAUGCCUCUGGAUGGCAUCAUUCUGAUGUCGCUGCAUUUCCCUUCUAAAUCGAAAUCCAACGCCUUGUCAAAGCAUGCACCUAACAGUUAAUGAAACAAGCAUCCUGUGUCUUUAAUGGCCACUGAAACAGGCCCUACUUGUAAUUUAGUGUUUUUCUUUGAUUAGUCGGAUCUAUAACGUAACCAAGUAGUACUGUUUCUCAAUAUUUUGAAAUAUCUCUUUAGCAUGAUGUUCUUGGCUUUGGGGCAGUUGAAUUAAGUGUGUUCUCUCCAUUUUGAAUUGCCUUUCAUCUGAAGGUUUAAAUUGGUUUCAAAUAUUUUAAUGUACAUGAGUCUUAGUGAUGCAAAUUUGCAUAGUUUAUUCUUUCACGCAUACUUUUAUGAGUUGUUUGAAGUUUUCGCUUCUUGUCUCUUUUUGGAAGUACAUGAUUACUCAACACAUGUUCACAUACCUUUUUCUCUGUGCCUAUUAUAACAGGCUAAGCAGCACCUUGCGUUGCUCUGAUUGGGGGAGAUCGGGACGAGGAAAGAUUUGUUUUGAGUCCUUCCAAUCUCCUUUUCAAGAGAUAAAGUCUGCUGCUUCUUAUGCUCUUGGCAAUAUAGCUGUUGGCAAUCUGUCCAAGUGUUUACCUUUCAUCUUGGACCAGAUUGAUAAUCAGCAGAAGAAACAGUAUCUGUUGCUUCAUUCUCUCAAGGAGGUUAUAGUCAGGCAAUCUGUAGAUAAAGCUGAGUUUCAGGAUUCAAGUGUUGAGAAGAUUCUCAAACUACUCUUUAACCACUGUGAAAGUGAGGAAGAGGGGGUCCGUAACGUAGUGGCGGAGUGCCUUGGUAAAAUUGCACUUAUUGAACCAGUAAAACUCAUUCCUGCACUUACGGUAAGAACAACCAGUCCAGCUGCAUUUACUACGGCAACAGUUGUCAUUGCUGUAAAAUAUUCUAUUGUGGAGCAGCUAGAGAAGAUAGAUGAGAUUAUAUACCCUGAGAUUGCUUCAUUCCUUAUGCUUAUCAAGGAUCAGGACCGACAUGUUAGGCGUGCAGCUGUGUUGGCUUUAAGUACUUUUGCUCACAAUAAGCCUAACUUAAUCAAGGGACUUCUUCCGGAAUUAUUGCCGCUUCUCCAUGAUCAAACAAUUGUUAAGCAAGAAUUGAUAAGAACUGUUGACCUUGGUCCUUUCAAGCACAUUGUGGAUGAUGCGCUUGGGCUGAGAAAAGCAGCUUUUGAAUGUGCAGACACAUUGCUGGACAGUUGCCUUGAUCAAGUGAGCCCCUCAUCUUUAAUUGUUCCAUACCUCAAAUCUGGACCUGAUGCGGGGAGAUUGCAGCUUAAAGUUCAAGAACCUGAUGAGUGAAAUUUCAAAAUUCCCAACGCUAUGGGACAAGUACUA